AAAUUUCAACGGCGGACGUGGGGCAUCGCGGCCGGAUUUGUGGUGUUUGAUUAAAAAGUUGAUCUUCGAAAAACCUCAUCAUUUUUUCUUCGACACCCUCAAAAUUCCCAAACCCCUGAUUUGAUCACACCUUCAUAUUCUAAUGCUUCUCAAAAUCAUCAAAAUCCGAAUUUGAUAAUCAUUAUUAUAACAAUCAAAGAUGAAGAAGAUGAAGUUGUGGAUAAUCUAUAUAGUUUGGCUAAUUGCUUUCUUCUUCCUCUCCAUUUUCAAAUCCUCGGUUUCUGAAGCUUUACCUCCUCUUCCUUCUUUAUCUGUGGCAAAGCGAUCCCCUGAUCUUACUUCUGCUCUUCCCUCCAACCGACAUGAAACUGCGCUUGUGGCUACUCUUGAUGGCACUCUAUCUUUAGUAGAGAUCGAUUCAUUGAAGAUUUUAUGGUCAAUCAAGACAGGACUUCCAAUUUAUUCAUCCUAUCAAGCUUCAAAUAAUCUUGAUGUUAAUUUAGAAAAUGCUUCUGGAAUUCGAGAUGAUACGUACAUAGAUUGUGGAGAUGACUGGAUUCUGUAUAGACAUGAUCGAGCAAAAGGAAUCAUGGAGAGGCUCAAAAGUGCCAAAGAUUUGAUUAAGGAGACAAAAGGACUGUCUAAGAAUGGAACUUCUGUAAUUGGUCAAAUGGCUACUACAGUAUUUGUAGUUGACGCCAAAACUGGAACAAUAAUUCGUACCGUAAGAUUUUCUGAUUCUUCUGGGCUAGGGUUUGAGGAUGGUGAAAAUCCUAUUGUAGUUAGAGAUGAUAGUAAAGAGCAGAUCUCUAUUACAAGGACUGAUUAUUCAUUUUUAGCUUACUCAAAAAUAUCAGGCAAGAUUUUAUGGAAUGUGUCCCUCUCUGAAUUUGAAGCCGAGUCUUUCUGUCCAAAGGUGGAUAGAACUGUCAUGGAUAAUUUGCGGGAUCAAUUGAACUCCGUCUAUAAGGGAAGUUCUGAAACAUGUGAACCUUGUAUAAGACGUAAUAUUGUGUACCGGAUUCGGGAUCGUGGAUUUUCAGAAUUAGUUUCUGGGGCUUCUGGCGCUGGAUUGGUUAAUGACAUGCGGAGACCACUUCCAGGGGGAAGAAAGCUUCCCCUACCUGGUCCAGACCAGUUGCACUUCCCCGUGCCGGUUGGGGAACUUCCUGGUGCUCAUUAUGAUUUAAAUCAAAUGUUGGCUUUGCCAUCUUCCGAGAGCAUCCAUUCUGGUGUUCACUCUGAGGUGUUGGCUUUGCCCCUUUCUACUCACCAUAGCGGAUUCAGUAUACAUCCAGAAUCAAGUGUAGACCAUAUUUCUUGGUCGUCAAUUAUACCUUGGCUUCUACCAGCUUUGCUUGUGAUGGGUUAUGCUGUCUUUCGAAAGGUUUUUGGUCGAGAACAUAAGCAGCAUGAGGAUUUGAAACUAAAAUCUACACCAUCAAAGAAAAAGAAACCUAGAAAAUCAGGAAUCAGCAAAAACACAACAGUUAAUGAUACCAAGGGAAAAAUCUCCAAGGUAAAUUAUGGCCUUUUGGAUGGAUUUCCAUCUGUGGAGGUGCAUGAGCAGAAUUCAGGGUUGUCUUUUACUAAUUCAGUCGAUGUUGAGAUGGGUGGACGAAAGAUUGGCAAACUAUAUGUUUCCGAUUAUGAGAUUGCAAAGGGAAGCAAUGGAACUGCUGUUUUUGAGGGUGCUUAUGAUGGCCGUCCUGUAGCUGUUAAACGCCUUGUGCGUACUCAUCAUGAUGUGGCAUUGAAAGAAAUUCAGAAUCUUGUGGCUUCUGAUCAGCAUCCUAAUGUUGUCAGAUUUUAUGGAGUGGAGUUUGAUAAGGAUUUUGUAUAUCUAUCUUUGGAGCGCUGCCUAUGCAGCUUGAGUGAUUUGGUAUGUUUUCAUUCUGAAUUUUCGCGAGGAGAAACAACUACAAAGAGUAGUGUUUUCAGCUCCAUGAGUCCAUACACUACACAAUUGCUCGGAAAGAUGGAGACCAACAAUGACAUUGACUUGUGGAAGGCUAAUGGAUACCCUUCACCUCAAUUGUUGAAAGUAAUGAGAGAUGUUGUAUCAGGAGUUGCACAUCUCCAUGAACUCAGCUUCAUUCAUCGAGACUUGAAGCCUCAAAAUGUCUUGAUAAUCAAGGAUAAAGUUUUCUGUGCCAAGCUUUCAGAUAUGGGCAUCAGCAAGCGCCUUGUUGGAGAUAUGUCUUCCUUAACCCAACAUGGUACAAGUAGUGGCAGCUCAGGUUGGCGAGCACCUGAACAAUUACGCGAGGGUCGUCAAACACGUGCAGUAGAUCUCUUUAGUUUAGGUUGUGUUCUCUUCUUCUGUAUCACCGGAGGUAAACAUCCGUUUGGUGACAAUUUUGAGCGGGAUGCCAAUAUUGUGAAGAAUGAAAAGGACUUAUUCUUAAUUGAAGAUGUUCCAGAAGCUAUGGAUCUUAUUUCCAAUCUCUUAGAUCCUAACCCAGAGAUGAGACCGAAAGCGGUGGAGGUAUUGCAUCAUCCAUUAUUUUGGGACUCAGAGAAGCGGCUGUCAUUUCUUAGAGAUGCUAGUGAUCGAGUGGAGUUAGAAGAUAGAGAAAUCGAUUCUGAGCUACUAGAAGCGUUAGAAGCCACUGGUGCAGUGGCUCUGGGUGGAAAAUGGGAUGACAAGCUCGAAACUUCAUUUCUCACCAACAUUACUCGUUAUAGACGGUACAAGUACGACAGUGUUCGGGACCUCCUUCGUGUUAUACGUAACAAGUUAAAUCACUAUAGGGAGCUCCCUAUUGAGAUCCAGGAAGUAUUAGGGUCAGUUCCUGAAGGAUUUGAUAGCUAUUUUAGAGCUCGGUUCCCAAAGCUUCUCAUCGAAGUUUACAAAGUGCUAUACGAAUUCUGUUGGGAAGAAGAGUUGCUUGGCAAGUAUUUUAAAAGUAGUCUCUUAUAAUUCAACCAUUGUCUAACUUCUAAUUUCCAUGUAUAGUUGCUGUCACAUAUUUUUUUUUUGGUACGCGUUUACUCUAGUGUUAUACCAUAGAUGAUUUAUAUCCGUUGUAAGUCGGUCUUUGUCUGUUGAUGUAUAAAAUGUAUUGUUGUAAACACUAAUUGAAAAAUAACACAAUUCUAUUACACCAA